AUUCUGGAGGUUGGUUCUACUGUGUGGCAAGAGAUCCUUUGACAUUGCAGCUCUCAAUUUUGAACCCUUUCGGAUCCCUGAGCCUCGGUUUCAAUGGCCGUCUAGGGUUUUGAUGUCGUGUGAUAGCUGACUGUGGUCGAGUGCUGCUGGCCACAUUUGAUAAAUGCUGACAUGGAGCAAGGCAACGACAAUGAGGCAUCAUUGCUGAUAGAGCAGCUUGGUCAUGCAUUUCUUGAACUAGAAGCUCGCAAGGAGGCUUUUGAGAAUAACAUUCAGUGGGAUGAAAUUAAGCAGCAUUUCCUUGAUCUUGAGUCUGCAUUGAAGAAGAAACUUGAGGAGCUUGAGGCUAAGGGGAGAGAUUAUGAAAAGAAGAAACUAGAAGUGCAUACACAGCUUGCAGAGAGAGAGGAAGAGGUUGCUUCUAAAGAACAAGACCUUUUAGAUCGGGUGCAGGAGCUAAAAGAUGCUGCUGUUGCUGCCAUUGUAGAGGCUUGUGCAAAUCACCAGGCAACAUCCUUGGGGUCUGUAGAUGAAGGGGAGAACGAAGAUAACAAGGUAAGAAGCUCUUUUGGUGAUGAAAACUCCCAAGAGGAUGAUUUUCCUUAUAAAUUGGGUGCAAAUGAGGUUAAGCCACGUCCAGAGCUGACACAUUUUUGUGAGCAAAUGGAUGCAAAAGGUCUUCUGAAUUAUACUGUGGAGAGUAAAAAAAACAUUUCUGUCUUUCGUGAAGAACUGUCUAUUGCACUUGAAAGUGCAACUGAACCAGCCGACUUGGUGCUGGAUUCACUGGAGGGGUUUUACCCCACUAAUGAAACUACCCAACUAGGAGAUAAAAUGGAUGCUGCCCUUCAGGGCAUGCGCAAAUCCUGUGUUAUACUUAUGGAAGCCUUCGCCACCUUGUUGGCAAGGGCUGAAUCAGAUACUGAUCACCUUCUGAGCCCUGAAACCAAGCAGCAAGCCAAGGCAAUUGCUGAUGAGUGGAGGCCUAAGUUGGCUAGAGCAGGCACUUAUGCUGCCAAUGGAAAUUCAUUGGAGGCAGAGGCAUUCUUGCAGCUCCUCUCGACUUUUAAGAUUGCCUCAGGGUUUGAUGAAGAAGAACUCUGCAAGCUUGUUCUUGCAGUUGCUCAACACAGGCAGGCUCCUGAGCUCUGCCGUUCUCUUGGGUUAACUCACAAAGUGCCAGAUAUUGUGGAAUUACUAAUCAAUGAUGGGAAACAAAUCGCAGCUGUACAUUUUAUUCAAGCCUUCCUGCUUAACGAGAGAUUUGCCCCUGUACCCCUUUUAAAGGCUUAUCUUAAGGACCUACGGAGAAAUUCACAAGGAAAGGUUGGAGGCAGCGUUGCUGGUGAGAAGAAUGAUGCUAAUGCUCAAGAGCUUGCAGCCCUUAAAGCUGUAAUCAAGUGCGUUGAAGAGUACAAGCUUGAGUCUGACUACCCACUUGAUCCUCUUCAGAGGAGAGUUGCUCAACUAGAUAAGCUUAAGACAGAUAGAAAGAGAACUGGAGAACCUGGCAAACGUCAGCAACCGAAGAAGCCAAGGACAAAUGGAGGAUAUUUUGCAUUCCGUCCAUCAGUUGGUGGUGGUGCCACCGCUUCUUCCACUAUGGCUAGGCAGCCUCCCCCUGUUAGAGGACCAUAUCCAGGGAUUCCGGACAGGUACCCUCAUGCAAGCGCUAUUACAUAUGAUUAUCAAGUUCCUGGCCAAACCAUAUACCCGCAGCAGGUAAAUGACCAAAGAUUUCCCUUUUAUCAUCGUGAUGAUAGGGUUGCUGCUCCUUCUAAUUAUAGUAGCUACAUGGGUGGUAGUAGUAGUCUCCAAUCAUCACACCAACCAUAUAUGUAAUUUCCAGUUUUGAGCAUUGUAGGAAGGAAGGCCUGGAGAGAUGUACAUUUGAGCCUUUGAGUUGAUUAACUUCUUUUGGCAGUGCGCCUUCCGUGCUCUGAUUGUCUUUUUUCUGGGUUUCUAAUGUUUAUUUGCGUAGGAAGAAUAUUUUAUGGGCCUGUGCUUUUAUUUAUACUCUUAUGGUAACUUCAUUAUGCCCAUAUAAUAUAAUAAAGUUGAAAGUGGAGACCACAAUCUUGGAUUA